UCAGAUGUCCAAAAAUUAAAUAAACAAGAAAAUAGAGGAGCAAGAGAGAUGGAGGAGGAGGAGGGAGGAGGAAUCAGGCUGAGCAAGAGGCUGUCCGACAAGGGGGGUGAAGUUGAUUACAAGGACAAGGCGGGCACUGCGUGGAGCCAUUCCUACCUCAACCAGAAGCCAUGGCACCCACUCUCCUACCCAAACCAACGCCGCAAGUGGAUCGCAGAGCAGACCCACGCCCAGCGGGACCGUCGUGCCCAGGAAGUGGCCAGAGAGUUUGCUCAGGAGCAAGAAUUCUUCCGCCAGACCGCUCUUAUCUCCAAGAAAGAAAAGGAAAAGGUGGAGAUGAUGAAGGCUGUUAGUUUCAUGUAUGUUCGCCCACCUGGUUUUAAUGCAGAAAGUGCUAAAGCUGCUGAAAUUGCUGAUGAGAGGAGAAGGCUAGAGCAGGAUAGCCCCUCCCAUGAUGGCCCUUCCACUGCAAUGCUAGCCGAAUCCGUGGCUGGUAGAAAUCAUCCUGGAGAAGAGAGGAAGAAACCACGGCCCAAAGAUGUGUUUGGUCGUCCUCUGCCAACUGAAGAAGAAUUUGAAGUCCUCAAAAAUGCACCAAGACUGGAGACAGGUGUUCCUGCAAGGGUUAAACCAUUUGGGGUUGAAGUGCGCAAUGUGAAAUGUGUAAGAUGUGGAAAUUAUGGUCACCAAAGCGGUGAUCGUGAAUGUCCAUUGAAGGAUGUUAUUAUGCCCAAUGAAGAGAGUCGAUUGAAAAGAGAUGACCCUUUAACUGCUAUCCUUGCUCAUACAGAUACUAGUGAGCCUCUGAAAUGGGAGCUGAAGCAAAAACCAGGAAUUAGUCCUCCCCGUGGAGGUUUUAAACCAGAUGAUCCCAACCAGCAAAUAGUUUCCGAGGAUAUAUUUGAUGAGUAUGGAGGAUUCCUUAGCGGGGGGAAUAUCAUUCCUGAGUUGCUGACCAACUUCUCAUCAAGCAAACCUAAGAAGAGGAAGUCCUCAAAAAAAGGUAAGCACAAGAGGCCAUCAUCACCAACCAGCAGUCAGCCAAAGGAUCCUCAGCAGGAUGAAGCAGAGAGAAGGUCAAGGAAGGAUAACAAACAUAGGAAGAAGAAACGAAAUCAUUCUGAAUCUAGUUCAUCAGAUGAUGAUUCAGAGGAUUAUGGGGGGAGGAGGUCAAAGAAGGAUAACAAAUAUAGGAAGAAGAAGCAGAAUGAUUCUGAAUCCAGUUUGUCAGAAAAUUCAGAGGAUGAUAGAGAGAGGAGGUCAAAGAAAGAUAACAUAUAUAAGAACAAGAAGCGAAAACAAAAUCGUUCUGAACCCUGUUCAUCAGACAAUUCUGAUGACAAUGAGAAGAGGAGGCCAAAGAAAGAUGACAAAUAUAGGAAGAGGCGAAAUCAUUCUGAAUCCAGUUCAGAUAAUCCAGGGGAUGAUGGGAAGAGGUCAAAUAAGGUUUACAAUUAUAAGAAGAAGAGAAAUAGCGACUACUCCAGUUCAUCCGACAACUCACAGUUUGAUAGGCAUCACAAAAAGAGCAGAAACAAGCAUUCUGACAGGAAUCCAUCUGAAAAUAUUGACCCUGAUAGGCAUUUUAGAGGUAAACACCAUCAUCGCCAUCAUCAUUCCCAUCAUCACUGAUUCUUCAUCAGAACAGGUGCCCAUCCUACUUAAACCUUACAGUUGAAAGCCAGUAAUGAAGCAUUCUGAUGAAUUUCCAAUAUGGAAGUGAGCAAGCGAUGAUGAGGGGAAACCAGAGAAAACAGCUGCUGUAUUGAAUGUUGUGGGGUGUUUUGUACCCUGAUACAAUCACACACAAAAACAGGACCAUUUCCCAUGUAUGUCACCCCAUAGAAUCUGAUGUCAACCGUUUAUGCAGUUGUUUGUGGAUCAUAUGCUGUAUUGCUUGAUGUUUUCAUGAAAAGUAGUUUUUGUAUUUGAUGGGUCAUGUCCUUGAUUAAGGAGAUCAUGUUUCACAGUGAUUAUCUUGAGUGGUAUUUUUUAUGUAGGCA